AAACGUCAAAAGAAAAAAAAAAAACCAAAAGCAAAAAAAAUUCGCUAAAAAACCAACUGAACAAACAGAAAAAAUAAUAAAAUUUUAUUUACUUCCCCGUUUGUAGUGGACACGAAUCAUUUUAAUCAAAAAAUAAAUCUUUAAACUCAAAAUAAACACCAACAUUAAAUAACUUUACUUUUGAUCCGUGGCCAAAUAAUUAUUAGUCACAAAAAUAAUCGUCAAACAAAACAAUAUUAAAAAAAAGACGAUAAGACUAGGUAUAAUUUGGUAAAAAAUGUCCGGCGACGAAGAGGCCAACGUAAUCGAUGAGAAAAAACAAGAAGAAAAAGUCGUCGCAGAAAUUGCUGCGUCAAGUAUUCGUUCUGGUUUAGCUGAAUUAGAAUUGAAGACGUCACAAGUUCUUCAAAGACUUGAAAAUGUCCGCACAGAACCUCCUGCGUCCAAUGAAACAUCCGACACAACUCAACAACAACUGUCAACUCUCCUCGAGGGCGACCGCAAACCUCCAUCCGAGAUUUUGCGUUCCCUCGAAAUUCUUAUUGCUUAUUCAGAAUCAGAGGAUGAUCCAGAAUUCCCUCUGCCAGCUUUGGAUGAUGUUUCACAUCUGGCAUUGAUCUCUCACAGUAUUAUUGCCUACAUGAGUCACUUGGAUAGACAACAUCUGCUCCGAGUGACUGGCCACAUUGCUGGCGACACAACUCGAUGGUUGUGUAGUUUGUUUCGAUUUAUUGAUGGCGCCACAAGCUAUCACACUGACAAUGCUGAUGCCACAUUGAGAACAGUUCGAUUGGCAAUUGUCUCGAGGUGUCCUGGAUAUUUGGAAGGUGGAAUACCAGCUUUGGCUAAUCCAUGUUUCUAUAUCUCGGAGAAUACCACUCCAAUGAGGCUACAGUAUGCUUGUAGACAAUUGGGAAUCCCUCUCGAGGCGAUUCGAUUGAUUCCAUCGACUUCGAGUCAAGGGACGAUGGAUUUGAAUCUCUUGCAGAAGCAAGUUCAGGCUGAUUUGAAUGCCAAUCGGACACCUUUGUUGGUUAUUGCUGAUGUGGGAUCUUCGGUUUGUGGGUAUGUUGACAUUCUGACGAGGAUGAAGGACAUUUGUAAGGCGAAUAAUAUUUGGUUGCAUGCAACUGGCCAUGGAUUGGCUUCGUUAGUUUGCACUCAAGGACCUGGUUCAAUAAGUUCAGUUGUGGAUUCGAUAGUUUUGAAUUUGGGAUUUUGGUUGGGUGUACCAAGUCUCCCAAUUGCUCUUUUACAUCGACAAAUGCAAAAUAGUGCUCUGACAGCUUUUGAAUCAGAUCCAAUUGUUUCAAAGAGAUUAAAUUCAUUGGCAUUGUGGACAAGUUUACAAGCACUUGGUAGAGAAACAAUUGCUGAGAAAAUUCAUGUUGCAUUCCAGACAUGUAGUAUUUUACAUGAGAUAUCAUCAAAGUGUGAGGGUAUUAGAGUUGUGAGUCGCGCUCCUGGUGGUCAAGCUGGAAUCAACCUAAUCGACAUUGUUAACAAACCAUUAGAUGUUAACGUUCUUUUCGAAACGGCUACAUCGGUUGUGGUAUUCCAAUUUGACGGAAGCCUCAAUCCAACAUCAGCAAAAGAUCAACAAGAUCUUAAUUCAACAUCAUCAUCCUCGGAUGCUAAAGGUGCCUCAUAUAACAAAACAGUAGAAAAACUAACGAAUGCCUCAUACUACGAUCGUCUAAAUUCGUGGUUGGGACAAAUUAUACAGAGGGAUUGUCCAAAUUUCGACUUUGAAAUAAUCGAACAUGGAGUUCAUGGCACUUGUAUUCGAUAUUGUCCCCUAGAAUUGGGUCUCGGUGAACAACCACCAUCGGCAGAGAAUUUGGAAAAUUUUGCUCAAAGCUUAGAAUCUCACGUGGAUAUUCUUCGGGCAACAAUUCGACACAAAGCUACCUUUAUUCGUUUAGUAGAGAAGAGUGAUGUUUUACGUAUUGUCAAUUUGCCCGAUUGGGCUGGUAUGGGUGGUGUUAGAUUUGUGCCUGAAGGUUGGGAAUCAUUACUCACAGAUCAGGCUAAAACAGAAUUAAAUAAGUUAAAUGCUGAUCUUGUCGAAGCUCUAAAGUCUACAGAUAAUGCCUUUUCUCUUGGCGAAGGUACUGAUGGUUUGAUUUGUGUACGAUUUGGUAUGGUCACCCAUGACACAGAUGUCGAAGAAUUACUUGAUCUGGUUGUGUCGGUUGGUAAAAGUGUCCAAGAGAAUUCAAGGGUAUUAGACACUAUGUCGGAAAUUGUUAAGAAGGGCAUUGAAGCAGCAACAGCUGAUCUCCAACGUGAGUCCGAUGAGAAACUCUGGCAGGAGGGUAUCCUUCGUCAUGUGCCAGUAGUUGGACGAAUGGUAAACUGGUGGUCACCACCCAUUAAAGAAUCUGGCAUUAAAGGAAGAAGUUUGAAUCUAACACAAGGUGUUGUCGAAAGCACAGAAAAUAUUUACAAAUACCACAUGCAAAUGACGGGUGCACCUAAUCAACUUCCUGCCAACAAAUCACCGCCAACGCCAAUGGUUCAGACGCCAGUAGGUGCUCCAACAGCACCACCAAAUUUUGCCACUCCAACAUCGGCAAAUCACUCAAGAACUGUGAGUCAAAGUAGUGGCGCUUCAUCGUCUGCUCCCGAAUUAGUAGCAGUAACUCCAGCUGCUGCUCUUUCUGCUACUGCUACUGCGACGACAAAUAAUUAAUAAAAAAAAAAUACAAAAAUUUCUUUUUUCCAAUAGUGCAUAUAUUAUAUUAUACCUAUAUUAUUAUAAAUAACAAAAAAAAAAAGCAGAAAAAAUACAAUUAUUUAAUCAUACAUAGCUCUAGAAUGAAAUAUUUAACAUAAAACAAAAAAAAAGUGUUUUUCUGGCAUUAUAAUUUUUUGUUGUCCUCUCUUUUUUUUUAAUAGUUAAAAUUUAAAAAAAAUACAUAAACAAAUAAAAAUAAAACAAUAGAAAAUCAAUUUCUUAAUUUAUUUAAACGAAAAAUCUAAAAAUUUAUUGAAAAGAUACAAAAUUGUUCCAUAAUUGCGCGGCAAGGUAUUGAAUAUUAAAAAAACA